AUGAGCUCAUCCAGAGGUUCCAAUGUAGUUUUUGUUGGAAAUAUACCGUAUGAACUUACAGAAGAACAAUUAAUAGAGGUGUUUAAAGAAGUGGGACCUGUAGUAUCAUUUCGUCUGGUUUUUGAUAAAGAGAAUGGAAGACCACGCGGAUAUGGAUUUUGUGAAUAUCAUGACUCGGAAACAGCUGCAAGUGCAGUAAGAAAUUUAAAUAAUGUUGAAGUUGGAGGGCGUCAACUAAGGGUUGAUUAUGCAGAUAAUGAUCCAGCCACUUCAUCUAAUUCAUCAAGCAACUCAUCACACCAAGCUCGUGCAUUAUUGGCACAAAAUCCUCAACUUUGUUAUGCAUUAUUUCAAAUAAUGUUAGAUCAGAAUAUUGUUGAUCCAAAUAUACUACGAUUGAUGCAACAAAGCUCUUUGCAAGGACAAACUCAACCUCAGCCAACUGCUGUACAAAAUACCAAUCCCUUGGUCACACCCAACUAUGGUUCCCAACCUAUUCCUAACACAGCACAAAUUCCUCAACAACAUCAACCUAACAUGUUCACUUCAAUUCCUCAGCAACCAAUGAUUCAGCAACCAAUACAACAACCUAUCAAUAUUCAACAGCCUCCAAUACAGCAACCUCCCAUGCAACAACCCCCAUCCAUGCAGCAAUCUACUCCGAUGCAACAACCUCCCCCAAUGCAACAACCACCCAUUCAACAACCACUGAUGCAACAAGCUAUUGGAAUGCCAGUAAUAAAUACUGGAAUGGUUAACCCCUCACAGUCUAUUGCUAAUUUAGCAACAGGGAAUAUUAAUAAUAUGAAUGAUUUACAAAUGCAGGAAACUCAGAAAUCAUUAUUACUGCAAGUUCUAAAUCUACCUCAAGCACAAAUUGAUUUAUUGCCACCAGAUCAACGUAAUCAUUUAUUAGCAUUGAAACAACAACUUUUACUUCAGGCUAGGCCGACAUAA